GGAAAUAUCACGAUAAAUACUGAACGUGUUGCAGGGGCCAUCGAACUGUUCACCCUAUGUAUACUGUUUCAUUUUCAUUAAUUCCAUUUUUGGUUUCCGAAUUAAAUAGUGUUGGAAGUAAUUCGUAUAAUGCAAUAAAAUGGCAGAUAUUGAGUUGUCUAAGGCUUUGCGUGAUUUACCAAAUCGAGUCCAAACGGCUACAUGUGAUGAGAGAAUAACUUUGUUUCAAAAUGUGACAUCUGUGCUGGAUAAUCCUGGGAUUAAUGCAUCUAUUGUGAAAGGCAUAUGUAAAGUGAUUGGAACUACUUUAACCAAAUACAAGGAUACACCUUCACAAAUUCUUGUUAGAAAUUUAAUCGUGGAUAUCGUUAAACAGCACCAUGACGUGGCUAUUGAAUGUCUUAGCUCUGUAGUUAAAACAGUUUUAAACAAAGAAAUUUCAGUUUUAACACCACAAAAGUCUGCAAAAUAUUCAGUUAUUGCUUUAGGAUGGACGGAUUUGAUUAUCAGAAAUGGAGAUUUUCACUCAAACAUAUUUAAAACGGAAUAUUCUAAGUUGGUAGAGUACCAAAGUCAAUUGUAUCAUCAUAUAGUGCUUUCGUAUAAUAUACGCAUCAUUGAAAUGGCUGAGAAAUUACUUUUUGACUUGUGGACGAAUAUCGAGAAUUAUAAACUAUGCUCCUCAACAAUAUUGCAAAAGGAAUCAGCAUCUCAUAUUGUCGUGUUUUUAAUGCUUCUUUUAAGAUUUGAAAACAGCAAAGAAGACAUCGAAUAUGAUCAAAGAAUGCACAGAGCAGAACUACUUGAACACUUUAUAAAAGUUGUUAUUACGAGUAAAAUAAUGCCACAAAAUUCGAUUGUAAAAGCGUGUGAGCCAUUGUUAAAGAUAGUUACGCAACAGGAAUUUGAAGGAGUUAUAUAUCCCGUAUUACUCAAAUCCAUAUUAAGGAGUCCUGAAAUGGCAAUACGUGUGAUGGGAUUAAUUUUUCACCAGUUAAAUAUAGAUUUAAGUGAAUAUGCGUCAUCAUUAGGAAAGGUGCUUUUACAACAUUUGUAUUGUAAAGAUGAUAUAGUUAGAGGAGAAUCUUUGGAAGCGCUGAAGGAAUUAUCACUUAAGUGUACCACAGUCAAGUCAGUUGAAUACUUACUAAAAGGAAUUUUCGGCUCUCUUAAUGGAGAUAAUGGUAAAAUAACAGUAGCGGAGUACAGAAUAAAUCUAAUUCAGGGCGCAGGAUACUUAAGUUUCAACGCAAUUUCUUACAAGGAAACUCCAAUUGUAUUACUUCUCGCUAUAGAACUUUUUUCGAAGGCAUUGGUGACUGAAAUUCAGGAAAGAGUUAUAAGCUGCACCUUAGAUAUGUUUAGCUUAUGGAUGUUAAAAUUAAGUGGAGAAUUACCAAAGUCAAUCACCGAUGUCUUUAAAAGAGGUUUGGAUCUAAAAACGACUACACAAACAGUAAGAAUAUCAUAUCUUCAAUGGUUUUUAGCUGGCCUUAACAACGCAAAUUUACGCCAUGAUCUUAAUAUUACAUCCAUACUUAUAAAAAUAGUAGAGAAAGGGUUGCAAAGUCCUCUACAGAUUUCACUUGUAUGUGAAUCAGUUUGCGCUGCUUGUAUAAUAAUACAAACCAAUACAAUAUCUAGUGAUCCUAUAUUAGGAAGUUUUUGGAGCACUAUGUUUGACAUGAAUAAACAGAUAUUUUUUUCCGAACGAUUUAUGUUAGCUGCACCCCCGGAAACAUUAUGCUACGUAUCGUUAAUGGCUGAAAUAUUAUUAACGCAAUACUCUGAUAAACUUAAAGGUCCAUUGAAUGUUUUGUUUAAAGCUAUAGUUUGUAAUUUGAUAUCAAAUUCUCAAAAACUGAGGACAUAUACUUUGAAUUUACUUCCAAAAUUAAAGAAUACAAAUAAUGGUGUAGACUAUAUUCACAAAAUUAUGAUGGAACUUGAAAAUCAGAUAGAUAAUAUCAAAUUUAAUACAGAUUGUGAUUAUCAAGAAGAAAAUGUAGCUGCUAAAAAUAUUUUAGGAGAAUUAAUGCAAAGUAUAUGUAAUUUCGAUCAAAUUCCUGAUGAUGCUAAAAAACUAUCUUUGCAGUCUCUACUUAUAUGUCAUCACCCUGGUGUGUUUUGUAACAAUUCGGUCCUGUGGGAAACCAUUUUAAAAAAUAAGUUCAAUUUUGAUCCAGAAAUAUUUGUUUCCCUUAAUGCUAAAGAAAUUACAAAUAUUAUAGUAGAUAAUUUCCAACCGAAAAAAACUUAUGAAAAUUCUAUUUCUACUAUUGUUCGGCUGAGUCCUGGGAAAUUUUUACCGAUACUGGUGCAAAAUAUUAUAACUGAUUUAAUAUAUGUUGGAAGUAGUGAUAUUAGUGAAGAAGAAUACUAUAUAUUUGUAUCUCCAAAAGGAGAGACGUUCGACGAGAAAGCUAUUAAAAAUGAUAUAUAUGCCACAACUGGUCACACACGAGAUAACAAACAUCAAAUUGAAAAAAUAAUAAUCAGUGAAAGUGAUAAAAAACGAUACAAAGGCAAAGCUAGUCUCUCAGAACCUUCUCAAAAACAAGAGGCUAUUAAAAAUCAAAUUGAAAAAGGAAAUUAUACGAGAGAUCGUCUUGGUCUUCUCAAUAAAAAGUUAAAAAAUGCCAUAUCUAUGUUAGAGGCGGCAUUCGCAGGAAAUCCCAAAGCAGUUUCUUUACAUUUUCACGAGUUAUUAAUGCAACUACUACAAUUACUUGCAUGUCCAAUAGCAGCUGAAUCGGUGGCAAAACUUUAUUUCAAAUUACGAGAAGCAUGCUUUGAAGAUUGUUUCGACUUGGGAAAAGAUAUUGCAAUAAUAACUUUGCGACUAGAAAACCCACGGUUAGAGUUACCAAAUGAAUGGAUAACAAACGAUGUAAAUGAAGUCAUCAAAAGUAUUUUACUGAACAUUCAUAAACUCAUAAUAUAUCGCCAAACUGAUGGAAAUGAAAAUGCAUCAACCACUCUGUUUAAUGCACCGUCCUUUACAUAUAUAUUUGAGUUCCUAAAAAGAGCAUUUGUGACAAAUUUUGUAGCAAACAGUGAAGAAUUGUUGUUUAUUGGUAUUCAAAUAAUAGAAAGCCAUGCUCAAAUUAGAGGCUUUACGGUGAUUGGUGAAGUGACUGAUUACAAUCACCCUAAGUAUAUGCCUUGUUUGGAGAUGUCAAAAUUAUUGCUAAAUAUUAUAAAUACAUACCAAGGUAGAGUUGAAACACAAGCCGCAGGUGCAAUCUUGGAAGUGGCAAAUUUAAGUUCAGGAGAAGACUACUGCACAUAUGCUACUGAUGAUGAGAUAGCACUAUUUUUAAAUUCAUUAGAAAGCGGCAAAGAGUCAGUAAGAGAAGUUUCAUUAAGGGCUUUAAAAAUCAUUAAAAAGGUUAUUUUAUUUGAAACUGAAGCGCACCGAAAUAUCAUUUCGCGUUUAAAACUUCGAUUGUGGAUUGCUAAGUUUGACAUUUCAGUAGAAAAUCGUAUCUUAGCUUCAGAUUUGUGGGAGUCGGUUAAAUUUUCUCCACCUGAUUUAGAUGAUGUGCUUUUGGUUGUCACACAUAAGGAGCUAUGUAUACAAAAAGCGGCUUCAGCUUCUCUGUUGGAACUACUUUCCACUAAUCAUCAAGAGAUAAAAUAUACAAUAAAAUCGUUACUUGAAAUAUACAGAGAGAAACUAACCAUGAUUCCUCCUAAAUUGGAUCAAUUCGAUCGGGAAAUUUUUCCAGCUAUAGAUCAAUGGGAGCCUCGAAGAGGUAUUGCAAUAUCAAUAUCACAAAUUUCCAAGUUUUUUGAUGUUGAUGACGUUAACGAAAUUAUGCAAUUUAUGGUAUCGCAAGGAUUUAGAGAUCGCAACGAAACUGUUCAUAAAGAAAUGCUUGCAUCCGCUCUUUGUAUAGUGGAUCAUCAUGGAAAAGAAACUAUAGUCAAUUUGUUGCCGGUUUUUGAAGACUUUUUAGAUAAAGCUCCGAAAUCACAAACCUACGAUAAUGUUAGACAAGCUGUCGUCAUUUUAAUGGGAUCAUUAGCUCGACAUUUAGACGCUGAUGAUACUCGAAUUGAACCAAUAGUGCGAAGAUUAAUUUCAGCUUUGUCAACACCUUCUCAGCAAGUACAGGAAGCUGUGGCUAAUUGUUUACCACAUUUAGUUUCAUCGGUGAAAGAUAGAGCUCCUGAAAUUUUAAAAAAAUUAUUGCAACAACUUAUAAAAUCUGAUAAGUAUGGAGAGCGGAGAGGAGCAGCUUAUGGGAUUGCUGGCAUUGUAAAAGGUUUGGGGAUUUUGUCAUUGAAACAAUUCGAUAUAAUGUCUAAAUUAACGACAUAUAUACAAGAAAAAAAAAAUUAUAAAUCACGAGAAGGUGCACUUUUUGCUUUUGAAGUAUUAUGUACAACCCUGGGACGUUUAUUUGAGCCCUAUAUUGUUCAUGUACUACCUCAUCUAUUACAAUGCUUUGGAGAUUCUUCUCAAUAUGUUAGACAAGCCGCUGAUGAUACUGCAAAAGUAGUAAUGGGUAAACUUUCGGCCCAUGGAGUUAAACUGGUCCUUCCAUCUCUACUUAAUGCUUUAGAUGAAGAUUCUUGGCGAACAAAAACAGCUUCGGUUGAACUUCUGGGAGCGAUGGCUUUUUGUGCACCUAAACAAUUGUCAUCAUGUUUACCUAACAUAGUUCCAAAAUUAAUAGAAGUCCUUGGUGACUCACAUACCAAAGUGCAGGAAGCAGGUGCUGACGCACUUAAAGUCAUAGGAUCAGUAAUAAAAAAUCCAGAAAUCCAAGCAAUCGUUCCUAUAUUGUUGACAGCUUUAGAAGAUCCAUCAAAAAAUACUUCAAAUUGUUUGCACAGUUUACUUCAGACAAAAUUUGUACAUUUUAUAGAUGCACCAUCUCUGGCCCUAAUAAUGCCUGUAGUAGAGAGGGCAUUCAUGGAUAGAUCUACCGAGACUCGAAAAAUGGCUGCUCAAAUCAUAGGUAAUAUGUACUCUCUCACUGAUCAAAAGGAUUUAGUGCCGUAUUUGCCUAACAUAAUUCCUGGUCUAAAGAUGUCUUUGCUUGAUCCUGUACCAGAGGUUAGAGCAAUUUCAGCAAGAGCAUUAGGAGCUAUGGUACGUGGAAUAGGUGAAUCUUCAUUUGAAGAUCUGCUUCCAUGGUUGAUGCAAACCUUGACAUCAGAAUCUAGUAGUGUCGAUCGUAGUGGAGCGGCUCAAGGUCUUGCCGAAGUUGUUGGCGGUUUAGGAGUGGAAAAGUUGCAUCAGUUAAUGCCAGAUAUUAUCACAACUGCGGAGAGAACAGAUAUUGCGCCACAUGUGAAAGAUGGAUAUAUUAUGAUGUUUAUAUAUAUGCCUGGCCCUUUUCCUAAAGAUUUUACUCCUUAUAUAGGCCAAAUAAUUAAUCCGAUAUUAAAAGCUUUGGCUGACGAAAAUGAGUACGUUCGUGAAACGGCAUUAAAAGCUGGGCAACGUAUAGUAAAUUUAUAUGCCGAAUCAGCAGUAAUGCUUCUUCUUCCUGAAUUAGAAAAGGGUUUAUUUGAUGACAACUGGAGAAUUCGUUUUAGCUCUGUUCAAUUACUUGGAGACUUGUUAUACAGAAUAUCGGGCGUAUCUGGAAAAAUGACUACAGAAACAGCAAGUGAAGAUGAUAAUUUUGGAACGGAACAGUCCCAUACUGCGAUUAUAAGAUUUUUAGGUGAAGAAAGGCGAAAUAGAGUUCUUUCAGGCCUUUAUAUGGGUCGGAGUGAUGUAUCACUGAUGGUUCGACAAGCAUCUCUACAUGUUUGGAAAGUGGUGGUAACAAACACACCACGCACACUAAGAGAAAUCUUACCUACCUUAUUUAGUUUACUUUUGGGAUGUUUGGCAAGCACUAGCUAUGAUAAACGUCAAGUUGCUGCGCGAACAUUAGGAGAUUUGGUGAGAAAAUUGGGGGAGAGGGUUCUUCCCGAAAUAAUACCAAUAUUAGAGAAAGGACUUAAUUCUGAAUAUCCGGAUCAACGCCAAGGUGUCUGCAUUGGCCUGUCGGAAAUAAUGGCUUCAACAUCUAAAGAAAUGGUGUUGUCGUUCGUUAAUAGUCUAGUUCCAACAGUAAGAAAAGCUUUAUCGGAUCCCUUACCUGAAGUAAGAGGAGCGGCUGCAAAAACUUUCGAAUCUUUACAUUCAACUGUUGGCUCACGAGCUCUGGACGAUAUUUUACCUUCAAUGCUGGAGGGAUUGAACGACCCUGAUCCAAAUGUAUCAGAAUAUACAUUAGAUGGUCUUCGCCAAGUGAUGACUAUUAAAUCUCGAGUCGUUUUGCCAUAUCUGGUUCCACAAUUAACUGCAGUUCCAGUAAAUACAAAAGCACUUUCAAUAUUAGUUUCGGUGGCAGGAGAUGCAUUAACAAAAUACCUUCCUAAAAUUUUGGAUGCUCUACUACAAGCACUUUCAGAUGCUCAAGGAACUGCUUACGAGUACCAAGAAUUAGAUUAUUGUCAAGCAGUAAUACUAUCAGUUACAGACGAAAUCGGUGUUCGUACAAUUGUCGACACUCUAAUGAUGUCAGCCAAAUCUGAUUCCAUAAAUAUAAGAAAGUCGGCUUCCAGUUUACUUUGUGUAUUUUGUACACACUCUCCAGCGGAUUAUUCUCAAUAUGUUCCACAAUUAUUACGUUGUUUAUUACGCCUAAUGGCUGACUCCAAUCGUGAAAUUUUACAAAAUUCAUGGGAUGCGUUAAGCUCAGUUGUGAAAGCUUUGGAUUCAACUCAACAAAUUGCUCUCGUGUCUGACGUUAGGCAAGCGGUUCGGUUUGCUUCGAGUGAAAUGAAAGGUUCCGAGCUACCGGGUUUUUGUCUUCCUAAAGGAAUCACCCCACUACUUCCGGUCUUUCGAGAAGCAAUUUUGAAUGGAAUGCCAGAUGUUAAGGAAAAUGCAGCCGAAGGAUUAGGUGAAGUUAUUUCUCUAACAAGUGCACAGUCCUUACAGCCAUCUGUUGUCCAAAUAACUGGACCGCUUAUACGUAUUUUAGGAGAUCGAUUUAAUGCAGGUGUGAAAGCUGCUGUCUUGGAAACGUUAGCAAUUUUAUUGAAAAAAGUUGGAGUAAUGUUAAAACAAUUUUUACCCCAGUUACAAACGACAUUUUUGAAGGCUUUACACGACUCGAAUAGAAGUGUUCGCAUGAAAGCUGGGCAAGCAAUAUCUGAAUUGGUUAUCAUACAUUCACGGCCUGACUCAAUAUUUAACGAAAUUCACAAUGGGAUAAAAUGUAAUGAUGAUCCAUCUAUGCGAGAAACUAUGUUAGCGGCAAUACGUUUAAGUAUUAAUUUAGCUGGGGAAAAAAUGUCUGUGUGUUUAAAGCAACAAAUAUGCACUACCCUACUGAAUAUGAUAGGACAUUCAGAAGACAUUACUCGAACUGCUUCUGCAGGUUGCUUAGGAGCUCUUUUGAAAUAUUUAACACCCCAGCAAGUUGAUGACUUAUUAGAGCAUCAUAUUUUAAUUGCUGGAAAUGGUGACGGACUAUUAAAACACGGGCGAACUGCAGUGCUUUUCGUUUCACUAAAAGAGAGUCCUUCUAUGAUUAUUACUCCAAAAUUUGAAUCCAAGGUAAUAGAAUUUAUCACUGCUAGUAUUUUAUCAGACAAAAUAAAUAUUGCAAGCAGUGGUGUUCGCGCAAUGACUUGUUUGUUGCAAUAUUAUAUGUCGAAUGAUAUUAUCUUCCCUCUAACAAUAGUUUCAUGCUUUAUAAGGGCUAUGAAUCAUAAAAGCAAUGAAAUAAAACAAGUUGUGGCCAUAAGUUGUAAUUACUUGGCAAAAAUGUUAGCUUUAGAUAAGAUGAGUCCAGAUGUUAUCAAACAGCUCGUACCAAUGCUAGUUAAUGGUACCAAAGAAAAAAAUGGUUAUGUUAAAUCCAAUUCUGAGAUAGCUUUAGUUUCAAUUUUGCAUCUCCGGGAUAACGAUACUACUUUUAGUUAUGUUUGUCAAAUUUUAGAAGUUGGCGCGAGAGAUUCCUUAAAUGAGGUCGUAAACAAAGUUUUACGUAAAGUCGCUGUACAGUCUAUUGGUAAAGACGAAGAGUUUGAUGAUACCAUGUUAAAUUGAAGUAGAUUUAUAUAUAUGCCCUUCAAAAAAUUUCCAAAAUAAUUGUCUUAUGUACUGUAAAUGAAUAAUUAAUUAAUAAAUUUCGGAACAAAAGUAAUAAAAUGUUUUUGUUAUUAAAUUAUUACAAUUUGAACAGAUGUAACAAAAGACAACUUUUUAUAAAAAAACGUAUUUUCAAAUGGAACUAAACAAAGAAGAGCUUGGCUUGGGUGCAACGGAACCAUUUAUACUCUAACAAUUCGUAAGGAUCAAAGGCGGAGAAAUAUAUUUAAGCAAAGUCAUAGCCUAAAAUAUAUUGCUUAUUCAUUCAUUGAUGAAACCAUUACAAUUUUCACUACAGCCGGUUCCACGUUAUCGAUCUUUAAUUAUGAAAUUAUCUUCAGAAUCUCAACAAGUUGUCAAACAAAAUGGUGGAUAAUUGACCUAUCUGUGUUAAGGGGCUAUACCAGUGUAGCCCAUUAAAAUUGAAUGAUUAAUUAAUGAUUUUCGUGAUUUUUUUUUAAGAAAGUACUCGAUUGAUUGUUUCGAAGUUUUUCGCACAUAUGUAAUACAGUAUAUACAAGGAGAGCUGAGUUCGGGUGUAACCGAACAUUUUAUACUCUCGCAAUAUAUUUAUUUAAUUUUAUUAAUAUUACACACAAUAUGACUCACAUAUUUGGCACAUAUGUAUAUGGUAUAAAAUCCAUUAAAAGUUUGAAAACCCUAAUAUUAGGUAUAUGGAAACUUGAGGAAGUUAUGGCCCGAUAUCACUAAUUUUUGGCACGGAGACAUAUUAUUAGAAGACAAAUACUCCCUCUGAAUUUCUUCAUCUCAGUAUCUCAGAGACUUAUCUAUAUUUUCGGUAAAAAAUGUAUUCGAAGCUCUGAGGUCCUCAUAUUCGAUAUAUGGGGCCUUGAAUACUUAUGGUCCGAUUUCGGCGAUUUUUAGAAGGGCGAUGCCACACUAUAAAUAUAGUAUUUGUGCAAAGUUCUGUUUCGAUAUUUGCACUGGUGCUUACUUUAUAUAUUGCAAAGUAAACGAUUCAGAUCGACUUCAAAGUUCUUGUAUAUGGGAAAUAGGCGUGGUUGUGAAACGAUUUGGACUAUUUUCAUAACGUAUCAUUGGGAAGCCAAGAAGAUAUAAUGAACCUAAGUUCAUUGUAAUUGGUGGAGUAUUUUCGGAGAUAUGGUUUUUGACCCAUAAGUAGGCGGAACCACAUCCAUUUAAAAUUUUGUAUACCAUUUUAGUGCAUAUCUUCUGUACCAUCUUUAUAAUGAAUUUUAAGGUUUCUGGUGGUUUUCCUUACUGAAUUAAAGGAUUUUUAGUAGUUUUCAACAUAACCAUUGUAUGGGAGGUAGGCGUGGUUAUAAUCCGAUUUCCUCCAUUUUUGGACUGUAUAAGGUAGUACCUAAAAGAAACGGUUCUUAAUAUCUUCCCAGCUUCCCAAUGUUAAGUUGUAAAAAUAGUCCAAAUCGGUUCACAACCACGCCUACUUCCCAUAUACCAGAACUUUGAAGCAGGUCUGAAAAGUUUACAAUACAUAAACUUAGUGCUAGUGAUGAUAUCGAAACAGAACUUGGCAAAAAUACUGUAUUUAAAGAAUGGCAUCGCCCUUAUAAAAAUCGUCGAAAUCGGUCCAUAAAUUUUCAAUACCCUAUAUAUAGAAUAUGAGGACCUCAGUACUUCUAAUAAAUUUUUUACCGAAUUUAUAGUUAAGUCUCUCAGAUAUUUUAAGAAAUUUUGAGGGAAUAUUUUUCUUCUAAUAAUAUGCCUCCGUGCCAACAAUGAGUGAAAUCGGGUAUUAACUUCAUCUAUCUCCCAUAUACUCACCCCUACAGGGUUUUCAAACUUUCAAUGGACUUUAUACCAUAUAUAUGCCGAAUAUGUGAGUCAAAUUGAUUGUUAUAUUAAUAAAUUAAAAAAAAUAAAUUGCGAGAGUAUAAAAUGUUCGGUGGCACCCGAACUUAGCCCUUCUUAACUUGUUUCUAUUGUAAAAAACAAAUUUUUAAUAAAGCUUUUGAGUAACUGUGCCUACAAACUAAAUACAUUUGAUCCUACUGACUAUUGAACAACAACAAAAUUCUUGUCAAACGAAAAUAUACCUUGGUUUAGCUACGAGAGCAAACAUAACAGGCCAAUAAAGGUAAUGAUAAAAAAUUUACACCACUCAUGUGAUACUCAAUCCAUCUUGAACGACCUUAAAGAUCAAGGCUUUAAUGUGUUAAAUGCAAUUAACAAACUUAAGUGAAAGAAGAAGUAUUCGAUGCUACCAAGGACAUUAAGAAAGUUUAUCAGAUCAAAAGCAUUCUUAAUACCUUUAUCCAGGUUGAGCCUAUCAAAGCCUCUAAAUUACUCCCUCAGUGCAAAAACUGUCAAGCUUUUGGGCAUACAAAAAACUUCUGCGGUAAGCCAUCGAGAUGUGUGAAAUGUGGAGGCAAACAUCUUACAACUGAAUGCACCAAAGCCGAAAAAGAUCCUGCCAAAUGUUGCAACUGCAGCGAUUCUCAUCCUGCAAGCUACCGUGGUUGUGUUGUUGCAAAAGUACUGCAAAAAAUUAGAGAAAAAAAUGGUAAUACAGUUGAGGAGAAUGUCAAUGCUCAGGCGAAGAAAUUUCAGUAAAAAUGCACAGUCAGUCAUUAUACUUAAUUUCUUUAUAUAGUCCGCCCAGGCAUAAUAUCGUACAUGAAAUGGGAAGCUAUACAAGUUAUUGGAUGCAAUGUUAUUUCGACAAGGAGACCCACUUAUUGGCCUGCGGAUAGUAGGAAAUUACCAGAUCUACUUGACUUUUUUGUCAUCAACAAAGCGCAGCGCAGCCUGUCCAACAAAGCCGUAGGCAUUCUCUGAAUGCCUACUUUAGCUUUGUCGAGCCUGCAAAACCUACCAACAAAAAAGGCAGCGGUGAGAAGGAUGACCCAUCGCAGCGACCAACUGAGCCUAAGCAGAGCUUACAAACAGCAAAGUCAGCAGAGAACGGCAGUCAACAAGGGCCAUCAACAAACAAGUAUACACCAACAAAUUCGCAGGUACCAGCAAAUGAGCAGACAGCGAAGAAAAACAUAGCGCAAGGUGAGAUUGUUCCAAUAAAAAAGGUUUAUCUGUGCAGAUUGGCAUUGACCGCUACAUCAAUGUAAAGGAAGUUAAGUCCUUCAAAGUUAGCGGUCAAUCCUAAAAAAUUUCAAGGCGACACGCCAAUCAAAAACAAACCUGAGGUAUUAAAUGGCAACAGAUUUGCCUUAUUAAGCCAAGGUUCGGACGACGAUGCGAAGGGUACCACCACAGCCGCGAAUGCUAAACCGCCGCCAAUAUAUUUGCGGGAGCAUAUGCACUUGUUGAUAAAUUAAGUGAAAUUGUAGGUACUAAUAAUUUUCAUAUAGUCUAGAGACAAUAUAGAUGAAACUAAAAUACAGUCGUACACUGAGAAAAGUUUCAGGAAUAUAGUUAAAUAUUUGUCAAACAAAAACAAGAACUAUUAUUCUUAUCAACUGAAGAGUUUUAAAGGCCUAGUUGUUGUAAAUAAAAGUAUAGAGUCUUCCGUAGACUCUAGCGAAGUCAAAGAAGCUCUUGAAGAAUGUGGUUUUGGAGUUAAAACUGUUGUAAACAUCUGUAACAGAAAUAAAGUACCACAACCCAUGUUUAGAAUUGAACUGAUGCCGAAUUCUAACCAGCUUAAAAAGAACGAAGUGCAUCCAAUAUACAAUUUAAAAUAUUUGCUGCACCGUAGAGUAAACGUAGAAGAACCACACAAAAGAAACAGUCCGGUAUAAUGUACCAACUGCCAAGAGUAUGGGCAUACCAAAUCCUAUUGCACUCUACGCAGUCUUUGUGUGGUAUGUGGUGAUUUACAUUCCACCUCCAAAUGCACCAUUAAGAAAGAUAAUUUAAAUAAAAAAUGCAACAAUUGUGGACGAAAUCACACUGCCAACUAGAGGGGUUGUACUAUUUAUAAAGAUUUAUAAUCGAAGCUGUCACAGGGAAUUCAAGCACGUCGUAACCAAAUGUUACAUACACCCCGUAAUGACAUUAUGGAUAUCACAGACCAUAUUCCAAAAUCUAGUAAUAUUAAAAAUAAUACUGUACAAGGGAGCUAUGCCAUUGUUGUAAAAGGAAACAAUGUACAAAUGCAACCACUGCAAAAUCCCCCAAAUGGUGGUAUUGAAGCUAUGAUUAUAAAUCUUACGCAAUGUAUGACACAAUUUAUGUCUACAAUGCAAAACAUGAUGCAAGAUUUCAUAAAAUAAUAAUUAUUAUAUAUUAAUAAAACCAAAUGCUGCAAACUUUAUUAUGUAAAAAAUGAGCAUACUAAACAUUUGUAUAUGGAAUGCUAAUGGUGUUAACCAACAUAAACUAGAGAUUAUUAGAUUUCUGUCUGAAAAAAAUAAAUAAAAAUAACUUCUAUAUACCCAGAUUUAGACACUAUGUUAUAGAUCACCCGGAUGGAAAUGCGGACAGAGGAUCGGCAGUAUUGGUUAGAAAUCGGGAUAACCUUUAUGCUCUAAUAUCAUACUACAACCCAGUUACAAGCUACAAUAAUAUUAUUAAAAAAUCGGGUUGUGAUUUAAAUGUAACGGCUAUAUAUUGUCCACCUCGUUUUAAAAUUAAAGAUAACGAAUUUAAAGACUUUUUUGGAACGCUAGGUCAUAGAUUCCCAGCAGGUGGAGAUUGCAAUGCAAAACACAUGUACUGGGGCUCACGUCUAAGUAACCCUAAAGGAAGACAGCUGUACAAUGAAUAUAGAUAGAUCGCCUUUGACAGCUGAUACAAGUACAGACUUAUCUUCUGAUCAUUCACCUGUACUAAUAAUGUUGUGUGAACAACCCAUAUUCGUUGAUCCAAAAGUGGGUCUAACAUCUUAUAAAACGAAACUGGUUAAAAUAUAAGAAACACGUGAGUAGCCACAUUAAUAAUGAGUACAAAAUAAAUACUGGAAGAGAUAUUGAAGAAAGCAUAAGAUAACUCAAUGAUAUAAUAACUAACGCAGCUGUCGUAGCAACACCAAACAGAAACUAUAAGUCACUUGGUCUCCGAAAAAUCACUAAGAGAAAUAAAAAAGCUUGUAAAUGAAAAAGGCGUGCUAGACGAGAAUGGCAGAUAAAUCGCUCCCCUUCCACUCAGCUUCAAUUGAAAUCUGCUGUACGAAAAUUAAAGAAAGCGCUUAAACGCGAGGAAGAAUUCAACAAUGAAAUGUAUAUAAAGAAGCUAUGUCGCGAGGAAGAAUUCAACAAUGAAAUGUAUAUAAAGAAGCUAUGUCUCAAGUAAGCAAAAUUUCCUUUAGAAAGCCCAAAAGUCCAUGAAGCCUCCAGUCGUCUCCAACAUGCCUAUACAAGACUUGGGUGGAAAUUGGUCUCGAAGUGACGAGGAAAAGGCUAAUUGUUUUCUAAAUCACCUGGAAAAGGUAUUUCAACCUAAUUGCCCAAAGAACAACUUUAAGUUGUCAAUCUUACCUAACACAGCUAAUGAGUCGCUCGAGUCUUUUAAGACUUCACCUUUUGAAAUUAAUUGCAUCAUAAAAGAACUAAAUCAAAAAAAGUCGCCAGGGCAUGAUAAUAUCACCCCAAAAAUGCUAAUUGAGUUACCAAAUAUUGCUGUAGAUGUACUCUCUUUGCUCUUUAAUGCGAUUUUUAGUUUUGGAAGUUUUUUUUAUUUCAUGGAAAAAGUCGCUGAUUAUCCUGAUAGAUAAACCUGGGAAAGACCAGACACAGCCGUCUUCAUACAGACCAAUCAGUCUUCUACCCUGUAUUUCUAAAAUAUUUGAAAUGGUGUUACUAUCAAAGAUGUCUCCUUUCCUCCACGAAAAUAAUGUAAUUCCAGCGCACCAAUUCGGGUUUCGUGCAAAAUAUAGCACGAUAGAACAAGUAAAUAGAACAACUAACGAAAUAAGAAAAGCGUUUGAACACAGAGAGUACUGUUCAGCUAUAUUAUAUAAAUAUAUAUAUAUAUAUAUAUAUAUAUAUAUAUAUAUAUAUAUAUAACUAGACGUAGCUCAGGCAUUUGAUAAGGUGUGGCAUGAAGGUCUUUUAUAUAAGAUUAAAAACAUUCUUUUUAUUUAAAAAAUAGACUAUUUAUUGUUAAAGUAGGAGACUUCACAUCUGAUGAACGACAAAUAAGGGCUGGUGUACCACAAGGCAGUGUUUUAGGCCCAACUCUGUAUAUCAUAUAUACCGCUGAUCUUCUAACAGCUAAUAAUGUUUUGACAUCAACUUUCGCGGAUGACACAGCUUUAGUGAGCCGUAACAAAUGCCACAUUAUAGCAUCAAGAAUAUUAGCGGAGCACUUAAGAUCUGUCGAAGAAUGGCUAGCCAACUGGCGUAUAAAUGUGAAUGAACAAAAGUGUAAGCACGUUACAUUUUCGCUAAGACCAAAAAUGUGUCCGUCAGUAAAAAUGAACAAUAUUUUGGUGACCCAAACGAAUGAAGUUACCUAUCUUGGUAUUCACCUAGAUAGAAGACUCACGUGGAGAAAACAUAUAUCUAGUAAAAUAAAUUCCAUGAAGAUAAGAGCUGCAAAUUUAAAUUGGCUUAUAAAUAAAAACUCUAAACUUAGCCUAGACAACAAAGUGCUUUUAUACAAUGCGGUCAUAAAGCCGAUUUGGAUGUACGACAUUCAACUGUGGGGUUCGACCUGUGCAACUAAUAUCAAUAUAAUACAAAGGUUCCAAUCGAAAAUGCUUAGAACAAUCACGUGCUCACCGUGGUCGCAAUGAUAAUAUCCAUAAAGAUCUUGGUAUCCCUAUGGUAAAUAAAGAAGUAGAGGAUAUAUAUCUAAACUCCGUGAUCACCCAAACUGAUUGGUAAUUGUAAUAAAGUAUCGAAAAUCAAUUUACGUAUUGAAGAUAGCUCAGAUUUAAACUCUGAUCAUUCACCAUAACUUUAUGUAAAAAACCAGUAAUUCGGUCCGGCACGUGUUCUUUAUCUAAUAAACAUACUGAUUGGUAUAAAUUUAAGGCUAUACUGGAUAAAUUCGAUUUUAAACUAAAGCGCAUAUCGACAGAUGCUGAGUUAGAUUGUGAAGUUGAAUCGUUCACAAAAGUAAUUCAAAAUGCUGCAUGGAACAGUACACCGAAUAUUCGCGUGAAUCUAAGUGGAAACCAAUUCCCAAAAUACAUCUUAGAUGGUAUCCAUAAAAAAAGCAAACUUCGACGAAGAUGGCAGCAAACUGGGUCGGCUGCUCUCCAAACAGAGCUUAAUAGAUGUACAGCGGAACUAAGAACAAAAAUUAGACAGUUUAAAAACUAUUCCUUCAAAACGCAUUUGUUCAAACUCACUGUUGAUAAAUCUACCGAUUAUUCGCUCUGGAAAGCUGCAAGGAAUAUUAAUAAUAAAGGCCUGCACAAGCUGAAUCGCUUUUCUUUGUACGAUUCGAUACAAUUGUUAUGCUAGAUUCGGUUGAGCAAGCGAUCAAGAUUCACUCAACACGAAGUGCGAGCAAGAGUUGAUUAGCAAUGAAGUUCGUACUUUUAUUUUGACACAUGAGUGAUUUGUCUUAUAACUAUUUCCAUUGUCUUUCGAGUGAUGAACGAUUUAACUCGUAAGAGCGUAAAAAAGGAAGCGAAUUAUACGAAUCAUUCGUUUGAUCGGUUGUUGGUGUUCUGCAUUUGCCGCAUUCUGCCGCUACAAAGGAGGCAAUUGACUUUCGAAUCAAUUGCCUUUCAAGUUAUGAGUGAAAUGAAGCGUAUGAAGCAAAUGCCUAUCUCUCUUCAGUGCCAUGCAUUGUGCGUACUCUCGCUCCUGGUUUACAAGCUCUUCAACUCGGAUCAUGAGUUAAUGUUAUAUCGAUCAAGUCGUACGGUUUUUUGCGAGUGGCUUGAAAUGCCCAACGAGUGAAUCGUUGCAGGAGUGGCGCAUUAAUAAACAAAUAAAACAUGUCGCACCAAUAAAAUUAAACGAAACUGAAUGGGCCAAAACGAAUGUACAAAAAGCUGCAGUAUUUGCAAAUCCUUUGAGAAACUCAUUUACACCUAACGAUGGACAUAAGUUAAACUGUGAAAAUAGUUGGUUGGAUCCACUUAAAAGUCUUAUCAGGAACGCAAGGCUCAAGAAAGCUCCUGGGUUUGAUUUAACAUUGUAAACAGGUCAAUAUCGCUGCUGCCAGCUCUAUCGGAAGUCUUUCAGAAUGUUCUCAUAAAGAGGCUCAAAUCAAUAAUAGAUCGUAAACAACUUAUACCAGUACAUCAGUUCGGCUUUCGUGCUCAUCAUUCAACAAUUGACAAGGUACACCGGAUCGUUAAUUUCGUUGAAAAUGCUAUGGAUAAAAAGAACGUUUGUUUGGCGGCCUUCUUAGACGGGUCUCAGGCUUUUGAUAGAAUUUGGCAUUCUGGUCUACUGCUGAAACUGAAAUGAAUGUUGCCCAAACAAUAUUGCGAAAUAAUUGCUUCCUAACUAAAAGAUAGAUACUUUCGCAUAAAACAAGAGGAUGGAUACUCAAACUUGCAA